UGCGGGCCGGCCGGGUGCAUGGGGCAGGCGAGCCCGCUGCCUGGCUGGCGUCGCAGGGAGCCCGGCGGCGAGCGCCCAGCCCGGCACCAUGAUGAAGUUUCGGUUCCGGAGGCAGGGGCACGACCCCCAGCGGGAGAAGCUCAAGCUGGAUCUCUUCGCCUUCAACAAGACUGUGGAACAUGGGUUCCCCAACCAGCCGAGUUCUCUGGCCUACGACCCCAAGCUGCGAAUUAUGGCUGUUGGCACCAAAUCAGGGGCUGUGAAAAUAUACGGUGCUCCAGGAGUGGAGUUCACUGGCUUACACAAGGAGACUGCCGCCGUCACACAGAUACACUUUUUGCCUGGACAGGGUCGGCUGCUGUCCUUGCUGGAUGACAACACCCUGCACCUGUGGGACAUCGACCAGAAGGAUGGCUACUCGCACUUGGAGGAGACCCGCAGCUUCAUCCUCCCAGGCCGACCAGGGUUCGACAGCACUAACUCUCCUCCCAGCAUUACCCGGGUGACGGUGAUCUUGCUGAAAUCGGCCUGUGAUGUGGCCUGCCUGGGCACAGAAGGGGGUGGCGUGUACUUCCUGGAGCUCUCUGGCUUAACGCUGCUGGAAGAUAAAACCCUGUAUCAAGAGGAGAUCAUGCAGAGCGUGCCAGAUGACUACCGCUGCGGGAAGGCUCUUGGGCCAGUGGAGUCGCUGCAGGAACACCCUCAAGACUCCUCCAAGAUCCUGAUUGGCUAUAGCAGGGGGCUGGUGAUCGUGUGGGACCAAAGCACCAGAAACGUCCAUCACCUCUUCCUGGGCAAUCAGCAGCUGGAGAGCCUUGGCUGGGAGCGAAGUGGCAGGACGGUGGUGAGUUCGCACAGUGAUGGAGGUUACAUGGUGUGGUCCAUCAACAGUAGCUGCCAUAAGACUCUGCAGCCACUCAUGUCAACUAUUCCCUAUGGUCCGUUCCCCUGUAAAGCCAUCAACAAAAUCCUGUGGAGAACCUGUGACUCUGGAAAUCACUUCAUCAUCUUCAGCGGGGGCAUGCCCCGCGCCAGCUACGGGGACCGGCACUGCGUCAGCAUCCUGCAGGGCCAGAGCCUGGUCACCCUGGACUUCACGUCGCGCGUGAUCGACUUCUUCACCGUGCACCACACGGAGCCGGAGGAGGAGUUCGAUAACCCAAGUGCCCUGGUGGUCCUGGUGGAGGAAGAGCUGGUGGUUCUUGACCUACAGACGCCCGGCUGGCCUACGGUUCCUGCCCCCUACCUGGCGCCCCUCCAUUCCUCCGCCAUCACCUGCUCCUAUCACAUCUCCAAUGUCCCCCUGAAGCUGUGGGAGCGGAUCAUCAGCGCUGGAGAGCAGCAGAGUCCCCCGCAUUCUUCUGUGAACUGGCCGAUCAGUGGAGGGAAAAACUUAGCCCAGGAACCCACCCAGAGGGGCCUUCUUCUCACUGGGCACGAGGAUGGCACGGUCCGCUUCUGGGAUGCCUCGGGGGUGUCGCUGCGGCCUCUGUACAAACUGGGCACGGCCAACAUCUUCCAGACGGACUGCGAGCACAGCGACUGCCUCAACCAGGCCAGCGAGGAGGAGUGGCCUCCCUUCCGCAAGGUUGGCUGCUUUGAUCCGUACAGCGACGACCCCCGGCUGGGCAUCCAGAAGAUUGCGCUGUGUAAAUACACGGCCCGGAUGGUGGUGGCUGGGACUGCCGGGCAGGUGCUCGUCAUGGAGCUGAGUGAUGAGAAGUCUAAUCACAUGAUCAGUGUGGCCAUGGUGGACCUGCUGCAGGACCGGGAGGGCUUCACCUGGAAGGGGCACGACCGGCUCACCCCCAAGAACGGCUCCAUCACCUUCAGACCAGGCUUCCAGCCCAGCGUGCUGGUGCAGUGCAUGCCACCGGCUGCCGUCACCGCCGUGACGCUGCACUCCGAGUGGAACCUAGUGGCCUUCGGCACCAGCCAUGGCUUCGGGCUCUUCGACUAUUACCGACGCAACCCGGUGCUGGCCCGGUGCACGCUCCACCCCAACGACUCCCUGGCCAUGGAGGGGCCCCUCUCCCGAGUGAAGUCGCUGAAGAAGUCCCUGCGCCAGUCCUUCCGCAGGAUCCGCAAAAGCCGAGUCUCUGGCAAGAAGAGAGUUGGUGCCAACAGCUCCUCCAGCAAGGUGCAGGAAGCUAAUGCCCAGCUGGCCGAGCAGGCCGGCCCCACCGACGUGGAGAUGACCCCCGUGCAGAGGCGGAUCGAACCCCGGUCAGCUGAUGACUCGCUCUCGGGGGUCGUGCGCUGCCUGUACUUUGCUGAUACCUUUCUCCGCGACGCUGCACACCACGGGCCCACCAUGUGGGCUGGAACCAACUCGGGCUCUGUGUUUGCCUACGCCCUGGAGGUCCCGUCCCAGGAGAAGUUCUCGGAGCGCUCGGUGGAAGCGGUGCUGGGCAAGGAGAUCCAGCUGAUGCACAGGGCACCGGUGGUGUCGAUCGCGGUCCUGGACGGGCGGGGGAACCCUCUCCCAGAGCCCUACGAGGUGUCCCGGGACCUGGCCAAAGCCCCUGACAUGCAGGGCAGCCAUUCUGUGCUCAUCGCCUCGGAGGAGCAGUUCAAGGUGUUCACGCUGCCAAAAGUCAGUGCCAAGACCAAAUUCAAGCUGACGGCCCACGAGGGCUGCCGGGUGCGGAAGGUGGCACUGGUGAGCUUCACCAGCCUGGCGUGCGAGGACUACACGGAGAACUGCCUGGCCUGCCUCACCAACCUGGGGGACAUCCACAUCUUCACGGUGCCCGGCCUGCGGCCGCAGGUGCACUACAACUGCAUCCGCAAGGAGGACAUCAGCGGCAUCGCCUCCUGCGUCUUCACCAAGCAUGGGCAAGGUUUCUACCUGAUCUCGCCUUCCGAGUUCGAGCGAUUCUCCCUGAGCGCCCGGAACAUCACAGAGCCGCUGUGCUCGCUGGAGCUCGUCCGGCUUCGGGGCACCACCUGUCGCAGCCCCAAUUUCACCGAGACACCGAAAAUGACCCAGGCCAAUGGGACUCACAUGCUGCAGGGCUCUGAAGCGAACGGCUCCCCUGGUGAUGGCACCCGGACGCCUGAGGAACCCCAGGCUGCCUUCUCCCCGACGCCCACCGACUCGCCGAGCAGCCCAGAGAGCUCCCUGGACACCACCGGGGACAUCACCGUGGAGGAAGUGAAAGAUUUCCUGGCCUCCUCGGAGGAAGUGGAGAGGAACCUGAGGAACGUGAGCGAGGAGGAGGCCCGCUCUCCUGGGAUCCUGAUUAAAUGAGGGACCAUGCCGGCCCAUCUCUGUGCCUGGAUUCCAUGGACACAAGACUUGACUGAGCCAGGCUGUCAGCUCCGCUUCUCCUCAGAGACCCUCCGCAUAACUUAGACUCGCCUCUUCUCUCUAACAUCCGGCCGGGAAGCUGGAGCGUGACGCUGCCGCCCCCCCGCUCUGCCCCGGUUCGAAGGUUCUCUCUCUCUCUCUGCCGAGCCGAGCCGCCUUCCGCCAGCGGGCCCAGUGCACUGCAACACUACAGCUCUGACCUUGUCCCCCUAAAGCAGAAUCCGCACCUGGGGCAGCGGGGUGGAAUCACUGCUUCCGCCUGGCCUAGACCGGGAGGGACUGCAUCCAGCUCCCAGGACCCAUUGCUGGGGCACAGCAUCGCACGGACACCUGGGGGGAGGGUUUUACACAGUUAUCGUCUCUGGUUUGGGUUGUUUUUUCCCCUCCCCGCCCCCCCUCUGCUGAGCUCCCAGAAGGACUCUGAUCUGGGAUGGGGCAGGGGGGGGGGGGGGAUAGGGACAUUGCUUGGCCUGGGGGGGAGUGUUUACAUGUUUACUCCUCACUCCAGCCGCUCUUUGAAUACUUCUACUUUCCACGGAACCAGCUGGCCUGCUGCAGAUGGUAAGUCCGGGAGGGCUGGCUGGACUCGCCUUAACACCCAUCUGCCCUUUGGGGGCCCUCUCACUCAAUACUG